CCUCAACUUGCCUUUUCGGUUUCCUCCACUAAGAAUCUCUAUAUUUCUCUUCCCUCCUAGUUCUUCUCACCUGUUAUAUGUGUUUUCACAUUCAAUAAUACAAGAACUCCUUCUUUAUUAUUCUUUAUGGUUAUAUAUAUAUAAAUUAACGUUGUGUUUAUUUUUUUUUUUGGUCUUGGUGAACAAAUAAAGAUGCUUCCUUUUCAAAGCUACUAUGGUUUUGAUCAACAAGAGAAGAUGAGUCAUGAACCACCAAACUUGGUGGUCAACUUUAUGGACGGUGGAGAUUCAACGAUGAGCUCGGCGUCAAAGGUGGAGAGAAAAUCGGAAGAAGCAUGUCGGAGUCACAAGGAAGCUGAGAGGAGACGCAGACAGAGGAUUAACGCUCAUCUCUCCACACUUCGUACUCUCUUACCUAACACCACCAAGACCGACAAGGCUUCGUUGCUAGCAGAGGUUGUCCAUCACGUGAAGGAGCUGAGGAAGCGAGCUGAUGACAUGGCGAAACAGGAUGGGGACACGUGGGUUUUUCCGAGCGAGUCGGACGAGGCGAGUCUGAGUUAUUUUGACGAUGACGGUGAUGGUGGUGAUAAUAAUAAUAAUAAUAAUUGUAAGGAGAUGAAAGCAAUUUUGUGUUGUGAGGACCGACCCGGUUUGAAUGUUGAUUUGGCCAGAGCGAUUCGGGCGGGUCGGGCCAGGGCGGUCAGGGCGGAGAUGAUGACGGUUGGUGGGCGAACCAAGAGUGUGGUGGUGGUGAAAUGGGCUGAGAGUAUUGGUGGAGAGGAGGAGAUUGGGGCCUUGAAAAGGGCUUUGAAGGCUGUGGUGGAGAACCGGGUCUCGGAUUCUGGGUUGAGCCGGGUUGUGUCUGGGAGUAAACGGGCUCGGGUCUAUGGUUCGGUUAAUGAGGAGGGCGAUAAUGAGUUUUUUUGAUUUGACUCAUUUCUUGGAUUUGUUUUUGGCUUUUUUAGAAUGUAAAGGUGUAAAAAAGAAGAAGACAAAGAGCAUUUGCAUGUUGAGUAUAUUUUUCUACCACGUUGUUUCUCAUUCGAUCAUUCCUACAAAUGUAUUGUAAAUGUCAAGAAUAAAACAAAUGUCUUAUUAUUAGUCAGUCCCAAGAAAAAAAAAGCCAAAAAGAGAAGAAAAGAAAUAGAGUUGUAUGGGUAGAAGGAAUAGUAUGAGAUGGAUUGAUUGGGUUUUAAAACAAUGUUGGAGGAGUUUGGUAGAUAAGACAUUACAUUACAUAUGCCUAAAACUGAUUAUUUGUCACUUUUGUGUUCGAUCUAAUAUA